CCGUAAACUACUCAACUCAGCUUCAAAAUUCUUGCAAUUGUAAAUAAACAUUAAUAUUUUUAAGCAUGUCGGUAUUUAGAAAUAUAAUUUCAUUAACAAAUAAGCGAUACCUUGGUAUCGGUAACUUUCUAGGUCAGCGUUUACUGUCUCAACAGGCUACUGCUGCAGUUAGAAAAGAAUCUGAAGAUAAAGAAUAUGUUGAUAAGCCACUUUCCCAGUUAGCAGAAUACAGAUUUAUUUACCCAGAAUUUCUUCCUGAUCCUAAAUUUGAAUUUCGUAAUAAAGUUAGAGAAAAGCUAGAGAGAGAAGACAUGUUAAAGCGCAGAACUGUUAUAGAUAUUCCUGAAUUUUAUGUUGGUUCUGUUCUUGCUGUGACUGCUUCCGAUCCUUAUGCUCCGGGAAAGCAGAAUCGUUUUGUAGGAAUAUGCAUAGGAAGAACAUAUACAGGAUUGAGAGCUACAUUCACUUUGAGAAAUAUUGUGGAUAAACAAGGUGUGGAAAUAAUGUAUGAUAUGUACAAUCCCACAAUCCUUUCUAUUGAAGUACUUCGAUUAGAAAAGAGAUUAGAUGAGCAUUUAUACUAUUUACGUGAUGCCCCUCCUGAAUACAGCACAUUUCCAUUUGAUAUGGAACCUGAAUUCAUUAUCGAAGGAGAACCAGUACGCCUCAAUCCUAUCAAGGUAAAGCUGAAUCCUCCCCCUUGGUUUGCCAAAUGGGAACAAAGGAACCUAAAAGGCAUUGAACCUUUGGGAGAACUCCAUUGGAAACGUAGAAGAAUUCUGCGCACAAAAAUUCAACCCAUGCAAGUGUUGGAUAACUAUGACCUCAUGAAACAAUACAGGCGCUCCAUACCUGAAGAGGAUCAGCAAGAGAUCUGGGAAGAUGUGGACAAACAUAAAGCUAAUUUCCCUGCUCGCAAACAAAUUUGGAAACGAGCACUGCAGAAAGCUAAACCCAAGCCUAGCUCAUAGUUCAUUUUUACAUUCAUAUUUUUGUGAUAAUCUGUGACGUCUUAGUUUUUAUUGAAUAAAAUCUGAAACCUGU